AUGAAGUUCUCCACUGCUGCCUUUAUUGCUCUUGGCUUCCUCGCCGGCAACGUCGUUUCUGCCCCCACAUCCCAGUCUAACAACGUCGCCCUCCCAAUCGCGGCUCGUGCCGAUGCCUUCGUAGCGAACGACGCUGCUGCCAUCCCUGCCCGAGAGGAGAAGAGGGCUCAGGGUGCAGGGAACGGCAAAGGCAACGGCAAAGGCAACGGCAAAGGCAACGCCGCUGCGAAGAACAAUGGCGGCGGCGCUGCGACUAACAACGCCGCCACUGCGAAGGCCGACGCCGCAAAGUUCAACGGUCUGGCUUGUACGGAUGGAAAAGGCGCGGGCACUUGCAACGCCAACGGCCAGUGCGCUGUCAACGGCAAGACCGCACCGAUCGCCGGCCAGUGCGGUGUGGCUGCUGCUGAUGCUGCUGCUGCGAAGGGGGGCGCUGCUGCGAAGGGGGGCAAGAAGGCCAACAAACGUGACGUUCACCUCAACUGA